AUGUUGUUGUCUCGUCGUGCCUGCUACAAGUGUGGCAACAUUGGCCACUACGCUGAGGUCUGCUCUUCCUCGGAGCGUCUCUGCUACAACUGCAAGCAGCCUGCCAAGCAAUGCUACAACUGCCAGGGACUAGGCCACGUUCAGGCCGAUUGUCCUACGUUGCGCCUUAACGGUGCCAACGGCCGCUGCUACAACUGCAGCCAGCCCGGUCACCUUGCCCGCAACUGCCCCGCUCCUGCUUCCGGUGCUCCCCGGGCCCCUGCUCCCCGCGGCGGAUUCAACAGCGGUUUCCGUGGUGGAUACGGAUACCCCCGUGCUGCUACUUGCUACAAGUGCGGUGGCCCCAACCACUUUGCCCGUGAUUGCCAGGCUCAGGCUAUGAAGUGCUACGCCUGUGGCAAGCUGGGUCACAUCUCCCGCGAAUGCACUGCCCCCAACGGCGGUCCCCUGAGCUCCGCCGGCAAGGUCUGCUACAAGUGCUCCCAGGCCGGACACAUCUCCCGCGACUGCCCCAGCAACGAGGCCGUCGCUCAGCAGCCCGUUGAUGCCACUGCUGCCCCUGCUGCCCCUGCCGCCGCCGCUGCCGAGGUCAGCGCGGAGGCUGCUCCCGUUGCUGCUGCGGCUCCUACUACCGCUGUCGCAUAG